AUGAAAAUUCAAAAAAUUCUAAUUCAGGUUUUUGACAAAAGUGAUUUGAUUCUGACGGGUUGCAGCCCAGUUAAGCCUCUACCUUUUCAUCUUUCCAGCAGGUAUCACAUAAGAAAUACUUUUUUGCUAAACCAUAUAUUACCUCUUUGCCCUCCGGACCCAUUUAUGCGUGUGGAACCGAAACAUGAAGAGUUGAACCGGUUCAUCAAAAUGCGCUUCAUUGGACUGAUGUUUACUGGGUUUUUUUGCAUAUCUUAGAACAAAAAUACUAAAAUAGGCUAAUGUAUUUUCAUUUUAAUGUUUAGCUUUAUGUAAUUUGGAUCCUUUUUUCUGCAAAGGGCAAUGUCCUUUAUUUUUAUUAUUUUAAGCAUCAAAAUUGUAAAAGGGCGAAUUGCAGAGAAUAGCAACAUACUUAACUGUGGCUACCAAUUAAGACAAUCUACUAUACAUGCACACAAAAACACC